AUGGCCUUGUUAAAGGAGACAAUGUCAGUUUGUACCCUCGUCACGACUCUGCAGACGCCUCAAAUUGGCGAACGACAUGGUCGUCGCUGUGGCACGGAGAGACGAAAUAAGGGGGAUGUGGAGGAGGAGGAGGAGGAGGGAGAGAGCAUCUGCUCCACUCUCCACCUCUCCAAUCCUAUUUUCGUUGCACAGACACAGAAUAUGAAUGGACCAGGCAUUGAAUUGGUUGGAGGAAUGCCAUCUGACCACAUUCAACUCCAGUCCAUCAUGCCUCACUUCACUUCACUCCAAGUUGACAUCCAUCAGUUGGCGGCUCAAAAAAAACACGUGACACUCUCACCACGUGCACAUUUGUGA